ACUGUGAAAAUCUGAUGUCAGUCAAAUUCUGAACUUCGUUUCGAUUAGGUUGUUCAAUUUUUAAAAUGGUAGUUGUCUUAUCCGCGCUUUACAGAUAUUUGUUAACAAGCUUCUAAAGAAAACUUAUUUUUUUUGAAAUAAUGAGUGACUUUAUUAUUUUACUGUUGGGUGAAAUUAAUUUAAUUUUUGCUCAUUCAGCGUUUUAGUAUCCGAUCAAAUCACAACCUCGAAACUUCAAAAAAUGAGUUUUAUGAAUUAAACUACAAGGUUUUUGUUACUUUUUCUUUAUAUUUUUUUCUACAAAAUGGCAUCAUCUCAUAAAGAUAUCGAGUUAAGUCCUGUAAGCUUAACAAUCGUCAAUGAUAAAACAACAACAGAAAAAAUAAAUAUACCGGUAAACGAUGAAGAAGACGUUAUUAUUGGACGAUUUCGAAAAAUCAGUUCGGCGAAAUCAAUGGCUGCUACGAAUGGCAAUAUACAAUAUCCGUCUGAAAUUAUAAGAAACGAAACUGAUGCCGAGGCUGGACUGCAAUUUAAGGCUAAAGAUGGGGAGAGAGAAAAACUGUUAAUUGAACCUGUGACCAACGGUUCGUUGGUGCGCCCGAAGUCUCCCAUACCAAAGAGUAGCUUCCGAGACAUCGAAAAACCUUCUCGGUUCAAAGAUCAGCCCUCAACCACAAGGUUUCAGAUGGAAGAUAAACAAGACGAAGGAACGGAAAGCGACGGUUCUGGAAUGGAAAGUGAUGACCCCCUCACAGCUACGGACACGAAAUAUGGCAAGAGUUUCAGACAUUUUACGCGGGAAGCGUUGCCUCGCCUUGAUAACUACAGGAACGUGCUGUCUCUGCACGCAGCGCCGCGACCUACCUUAGACGAAUUACAUAAUGCUUCACUUUCAAGAAAGCCAGGUCAAACCCUAGAAAAGGAUGGACAUGGCGCGCCCGUGAUGCCGUCGCCUAACGUGAAGUUUGGUUGGAUAAAGGGCGUCCUUAUGAGAUGUCUCCUCAACAUUUGGGGGGUUAUGCUCUUCUUGCGGUUGUCCUGGGUUGUUGGGCAAGCUGGAAUAGCGCAGGCAUCGCUUUUAAUUGUGACGACAUCCGUCGUGACGACAAUCACAGCUCUGUCGAUGUCCGCCAUAAGUACGAAUGGCGUCAUCAAAGGAGGUGGCACAUAUUAUAUGAUAUCGAGAUCUCUCGGGCCGGAGUUCGGAGGCUCAAUAGGCCUCAUAUUCUCGAUGGCGAAUGCCGUAGCGUGCGCGAUGUACGUCGUGGGCUUCGGAGAGUCACUCAUCACGCUCAUACCAGAGUCAGCGUACAUGGUCAGCAAAAGUUGGGACCAAGCAAUCUACGGUUGCAUAACCAUAGUACUACUUACCGGUAUCGUGAUAGUGGGAAUGGAGUGGGAAGCGAAAGCCCAGAUAGUGUUGCUGGUGAUCUUGUUGGCUGCUAUCGCCGAUUUCUGCAUCGGAACCAUCAUUGGCCCAAAGUCGGAUCUUGAGGUCGCACAGGGCUUUGUGGGGUAUAACAUGACGAUUCUAAAGCGAAACCUCGGGCCUGACUACAGAACCUUUGAGGGUGUCGAACACAAUUUCUUUUCCGUAUUUUCAAUAUUCUUCCCCGCUGCUACUGGUAUAUUGGCUGGCGCCAACAUAUCUGGAGAUUUAAAGGAUCCCCAAAAAUCAAUUCCAAGAGGAACUCUCCUAGCAAUUCUCCUGACUACGAUAUCGUAUUUGUUAAUCGCUCUCCUCGCUGGAUGGACUGUGCUAAGAGAUGCCUCCGGUGAUUUAGCCGACGUGGCCGGAUGGACUAUGGACCAGUGCAAGACCAACGGCACUUGUGGGUACGGGCUGCACAACAGCAACGACGUAAUCCGUCUCGUCUCGGCGUUUGGUCCUCUGAUAUACGGCGGAUGUUUUGCUGCUACACUUUCUUCAGCAUUGGCUUCCUUAGUAUCGGCACCAAAAGUGUUUCAGGCUCUAUGUCAAGACAAGUUAUACCCAUGUCUGGACUUCUUCGCUAAAGGCUAUGGACCAAAUAACGAACCUGUACGAGGCUACGCGCUAACAUUCGUAAUCGCAGUCAGCUUUAUACUUAUGGGUGGAUUAAACCAGAUAGCGCCGCUAAUCUCCAACUUCUUCCUGGCCGCGUACGCGCUCAUCAACUUCGCCACGUUCCACGCGAGCCUCGCCCGCCCCGUCGGCUGGAGGCCCACUUUCAGGCUGUACAACAUGUGGCUGUCGCUGCUGGGCGCGCUGGUGUGCGUGGCGAUCAUGUUCGUGGUGUCGUGGGCGACGGCGCUGCUGACGCUGGCCGGCCUGCUGGCGCUCUACCUGCUCGUGUCGUACCGCGGGCCCGAUGUGAACUGGGGGUCCACGACGCAGGCGCAGACGUACAAGUCUGCGCUAGCUGGCGUGCAGCAACUCAACAGGGUUACAGAGCAUGUUAAGAACUAUAGGCCUCAGAUACUUGUUCUAACUGGUUUUCCUGGUGAGAGACCGCUCCUGACCGACUUUGCUUAUCUCCUCACUAAGGGACUCUCUCUGAUGUUAUGUGGACAUAUUAUGCAGCGCGCGCCCAGCCACCGCACGCGCGAGGCGCUGGCGGGCCGCGCGACGCAGUGGCUGAGUCGGCGCCGCGUCAAGGCCUUCUACUCGCUCGUGGACGACGCCAGCUUCAAGGACGGCGCCAGCGCGCUCAUACAGGCGAGCGGUGUCGGUAAAUUGAGGCCUAACAUUCUGAUGAUGGGCUUCAAGGAGGACUGGAGAACGUGUGACCGUUCGGAGCUGGUGGACUAUGUGGAGGUGAUGCACAAGGCGCUGGACGUGCACAUGGCGCUGGCGCUGCUGCGCGUGGAGGGCGGGCUGUACUCCUGCGACGCGCUGGACGACGACCUGCACGCGUGUCUGCGCGCCGCCGCGCCCGGGGCGUCCGGUGCGUCCGGUGCGUCCGGUUCGAUGGGUGAUAGUAUCAAACUGUCGAAAUCUACAGAAUCCUUGAACUCCCAGUCUAGAGAUAGCAGUAUGUCAGACGUGUCCAUAAUGUCCGGUGAGUUGACCGGCGUUUCUCCCGACCCCGGAGCCGUGAGGACUCGCAAGAACAAGGCGAGCCGGCUGGGCGCGGCGGUGCGGCGGCUGGGCGCGGCGCGCGCGCGGCGGGCCUCGUCGCUCACGUCGCUGGAGCGCUUCACGCGCCGCCGCGCCGGCACCGUCGACGUGUGGUGGCUGUACGACGACGGCGGCCUGACGCUGCUGCUGCCGUACAUCCUGUCGACGCGGCGCGCGUGGUCGUCGUGUCCGCUGCGCGUGUUCACGCUGGCCAACCGGCACACCGAGCUCGAGAUCGAGGAGCGGAACAUGGCAUCUCUACUGUCGAAGUUCCGCAUAGAUUAUUCAGCGCUGAAGAUGAUAUCAGACGUCACAAAGAAACCAAAAGAUUCAACGUUAGCGUAUUUCGAGGACUUGAUCGCCCCCUUCAGGGCGUCGGAUGAUACCAAUGACAACAUGAGCAUCACGGAGGCGGACGUGCUGGCGGCGCGCUCGCGCACGCACCGCUACCUGCGCGUGCGCGAGCUCAUCGGCGAGCACUCGUCCAGCGCGCGCCUGGUGUGCGUGACGCAGCCCAUGCCGCGCCGCCGCGGCCUGCCGCCCGCGCUGUACGCCGCGUGGCUGGCCGCGCUGGCCACGGCCGCGCCGCGCGUGCUGCUCGUGCGCGGCAACCACGCCGCCGUGCUCACCUUCUACUCCUAGAGCGCGCGGGGGCGGCCUUAGUAGUUCCGACCUAAAAUACCUAGUAAAUAAGGUGGAAAGUUGCCUAUUUUCUUUAAAGCGAAGUAAUGCACGGAAACAACUACGAUAACCGUAUUUUAAGUAAUCGCACUACGUAAAUAAAUAUUUAACAAAUUAUACAGUAAAUAAAAGGAGAAUGAACUAAAAUGGAUUAAUUGAAUUACAAUCGUCAAGU